AUAAAGUUUCUAUUACCGCAAUCGAAGUUUUCAAGGGAAUACUUUGCUAACUUCACUACAAUAUUUUUCUCUUGGCUAGUCGGAUAUUGUGAGGUCAGGGAAUCAGAAGUCCAAGGAAAAAUGGAGAAGAACGUAGUCUGCAUCCCUAAAUGCAGGUUUUUGGAGAGCACCAAUUGUGUAGGGAUGUGCACAAACCUAUGCAAGAUUCCAACUCAAAGGUUCAUCAAAGAUUCACUUGGGAUGCCCAUCAACAUGGUUCCAAAUUUUGAAGAUAUGAGCUGUGAGAUGAUCUUCGGCCAGCACCCUCCAGCAGAUGAUCCAACAUUGAAGCAACCUUGCCUCCGGACAUCAUGCAUAGCAAAGCAAACACAUGGUGUGAACUGCUCCAGUUGACGACAAAGGCUGAAGGGUACAAGCAAGAAAAGUUCCAAUCAUUUUAAAGGCCAAUACAAUUGAUUUUAAUUAAUUGUUUUAACUGGCAAAUAUCCCUGCCAAUAAUAGUCGUGAUGUAUAAUAUUGACUUCUUAUUGUCAGCAGAGGGGCUAUGAGCAUCACUCACAGAUUAACUACCUCUGCCACCCAAAGUGAAGUUCCUAAGACUACUAAAACAGUUUUGUGAAGCAGAGGUUGGAAUGAAGUUCUUUUGUUGCAUUUCAAUGCAUCCAUACACCUCCAUAAGCAUGAUCACAGAUCUGUGCAGGAUAGGAAGAAUUAUAAGAUUCAGAGUGAUAUCUAAAUACAAUAAAGAAAUCAUCUUAUAAAUCCUGGCC